GAUGGCUGCUCUCAAACUCCUCUCCUCCGGGCUGCGGCUCUGCACCUCCGCACGCGGCGCCUGGUCCAAGGGUUGUGUUUGUUACUUUUCCACAAGCAGUCGUCAUCAUACUAAAUUUUACUCGGAUCCAGUAGAAGCUAUCAAAGACAUCCCAGAUGGUGCAACGAUUCUGGUUGGUGGUUUUGGACUCUGUGGAAUUCCAGAGAAUCUUAUAGGAGCUUUAUUGAAGACGGGCGUGAAAGGGCUCACUGCAGUCAGCAACAAUGCCGGGGUCGACAACUUCGGUUUGGGCCUUUUACUUCAAUCCAAGCAGAUAAAACGCAUGGUCUCUUCUUAUGUGGGAGAAAAUGCAGAAUUUGAACGGCAGUAUUUAGCUGGUGAAUUAGAAGUGGAGCUGACACCUCAGGGCACACUUGCAGAGCGGAUUCGUGCAGGUGGAGCUGGAGUUCCUGCGUUUUACACCAGCACAGGUUAUGGGACCCUGAUACAAGAAGGAGGUUCACCAAUCAAAUAUAACAAAGAUGGAAGCAUUGCCAUCGCCAGUAAGCCACGAGAGGUGAGGGAGUUUAAUGGUCAGCACUUUAUUCUGGAGGAAGCAAUUACAGGAGAUUUUGCUUUGGUGAAAGCCUGGAAGGCAGAUCGAGCAGGAAACGUGAUUUUCAGGAAAAGUGCAAGGAACUUCAAUUUGCCCAUGUGUAAAGCUGCUGAAACUACGAUAGUAGAGGUUGAAGAAAUUGUGGAUAUUGGAUCAUUUGCCCCAGAAGAUAUCCAUAUUCCUCAGAUUUAUGUACAUCGCCUUAUAAAGGGAGAAGCAUAUGAGAAAAGAAUUGAGCGUCUAUCAAUCCGGAAAGAGGAAGAUGGAAAAACGAAAUCUGGUAAAGCUGGAGAUAACGUGAGGGAACGUAUCAUCAAGAGGGCAGCUCUUGAAUUUGAAGAUGGCAUGUAUGCUAAUUUGGGCAUUGGAAUUCCUCUCCUGGCCAGCAACUUUAUCAGCCCAAAUAUGACAGUUCAUCUUCAAAGUGAAAAUGGAGUCCUGGGUUUGGGUCCAUAUCCAUUGAAAAAUGAAGUUGAUGCAGAUCUAAUCAAUGCAGGCAAGGAAACAGUCACUGUUCUUCCCGGAGCUUCUUAUUUCUCCAGUGAUGAAUCAUUUGCAAUGAUUAGAGGGGGGCACGUUGAUCUAACAAUGCUAGGAGCAAUGCAGGUUUCCAAAUAUGGCGACCUGGCCAACUGGAUGAUACCGGGGAAGAUGGUGAAAGGAAUGGGAGGUGCUAUGGAUUUAGUAUCCAGCGCCAAAACCAAAGUGGUGGUUACCAUGGAGCAUUCUGCAAAGGGGAAUGCACAUAAAAUCAUGGAGAAGUGUACAUUACCUCUGACAGGAAAACAUUGUGUCAACCGCAUUAUUACUGAAAAGGCUGUGUUUGACGUGGACAAGAAGAAAGGGCUGACUCUGAUUGAACUCUGGGAGGGCCUGACAGUGGAUGACAUAAAGAAGAGCACCGGCUGUGACUUUGCAGUCUCACCAAAACUCAUGCCAAUGCAGCAGAUCACCGCAUAA